AUGCCAUUCAAAGCCCUAUUCUUCCUUAUAGUCGUCCUGCAUCAGUCUCCCUCUGUUCUUGCUUCUUCAUCCCCCAUUGCUGCAAAUGAAACAGAAACUCUUCUAAAAUGGAAAGCUAGCCUUGACAACAACACCAAACUUUGCUCUCUUCUUUGUGGGUUGGAGACAAGCAUUGCAAUUGGGUCGGAAUCACUUGCAACAAGUCUCAACUUCUUGUCCUUCCCCAACCUCAUCGGUCUUCACCUUCCUAACAACUCACUGUAUGGGUCCAUUCCCUCACACAUUGGAAAUCUUUCCAAGCUCACCGAACUUGACUUGUCCAAGAAUGAUUUCGCCGGAAAUAUUCCAUCUAACAUAGGAAGAUUAUUAAGUUCACUUUCUAUACUCUAUCUCCAUGAAAACGAUCUCAGUGGUCCAAUACCUAUUUCUAUUGGAAGCUUGCACAAUUUGUCCCGACUUAUCCUCGUUGACAACAGGCUCAAUGGUUCCAAACCUGAAGAAGUUGGAAUGAUGAGGUCACUUGUUAUGCUUGAUCUUUCAAUGAACUAUCUAACCGGUCCUAUCCCAGCAUCUCUGGGAAACCUAAGUAACUUGGUAUGGCUUUAUCUGUAUGGUAAUAACCUCUCUGGUUCUAUCCCCGAUGAAAUAGGACAGCUUGGAUCUCUUAUCACAAUGCAGUUGUUACGUAAUAAUCUCACUGGUGUCAUCCCGGCUUCCAUAAGAAACUUAACCAACUUGUCUACUUUUUACCUUUUUGAAAAUAAGCUUUCCGGGUCAAUACCUCAAGAGAUAGGGAUGCUUGUAUCUCUUACAGAACUUAUUUUAUAUGAUAACAAUUUCUCUGGUUCAAUCCCCGCGUCCAUAGGAAACUUAACCAAAUUGUCUAGUCUUCAUCUUAUUGAGAAUAAGCUUUCCGGUUUAAUACCUCAAGAGGUAGGUAUGCUUGUAUAUCUUACAGAACUUUUUUUAUCUCAGAACAGUUUGUCUGGCUUCCUUCCUCCAACACUUAGCAAUGUUACUCAUUUGGAAUCAUUACAAUUAUCAGACAACCAUCUUAGUGGUCCAUUACCUGAGAAUGUAUGCCUCGGUGGACAACUCGUAUAUCUUGGGGCUAACAACAACAAUUUGACAGGUCCGAUCCCAUCAAGUUUAGGAAACUGCAAAAGCUUGUACAGAGUUAGGCUUGAAGGAAACCAGUUGACAGGAAAUAUAUCAGAAGCUUUUGGUAUAUAUCCUAAUUUGAAUUAUAUUGCAUUAAGCAACAACAAAUUUUAUGGUGAACUUUCGCCAAACUGUGGGCAAUGCCAUAGUCUAACAAGCCUACGGAUCUCCAAUAAUAACAUUUCUGGAAAGAUACCACCUGAGCUGAAGCAAGCAACUCAAAUCCACGAACUCGACGUCUCUUCAAAUCAUCUCAUUGGUGAGAUUCCCAAGGAAUUGGGAGCACUGACAUUGAUGUACAAACUUUUGCUAAGUGGUAACCAACUUUCUGGCAAAAUUCCACCAGAGAUUGGAGUUCUUUUAAAUCUACAAUAUCUUAACUUGGCAUCAAACAAUUUGAGUGGACAGAUUCCUAAUCAACUUGGAGAGUGCUCAAAGUUAUUGGACCUGAAUUUGAGCAAGAAUAAACUUGGAGAAAGCAUUCCACUUUCAGUAAGCUACAUAAAUGGCCUUCAAAAUCUAGAUUUAAGCCAGAAUUUACUUAUUGGGGAGAUACCACAACAGCUUGCAAAAUUACAUUCCUUGGAAAUGUUGGACCUUUCUCACAAUAUGCUCAAUGGUUCCAUCCCAAAAUCUUUUAAUGAUUUGAAAAGCUUGACUGUUGUGAAUAUAUCUUACAAUCAAUUAGAAGGCCCUACUCCUAACAUUAAGGCAUUUCAUGACGCUUCAUUCGAUGCCUUAAGAAACAAUAAGGGACUAUGUGGUAAUGCCACUGGACUAAUGCUUUGUGCUGUCGCUGCUACUAGCAACGGUCAUAGAAAAAGCACCAUAGUCAUCAUUUUCAUUGUGCUUCCACUCUUUGGUCUUCUUCUUUUGCUCUUUAUCAUGGCUGGAAGUUUCCUUAUUCUUUGCCAAAAGAACCGAACCAGAAAAUCCGAGUCAAUCGAGGCACAACUUGGAGAUUUUUUCACAUUGUGGGGAUAUAAUGGAAGAAUACUCUACGAGAACAUUAUUGAAGGCACUGAAGAUUUCAGCUCCAACAAUUGCAUUGGUUCAGGAGGCUAUGGAGCCGUUUAUAAAGCUGCGCUACCCAUUGGUGAGGUGGUUGCUGUGAAGAAACUUCACCAAUCUGAAGGUAGCAUGAUUUCCAAUAACUUGAAAGCCUUUGAAAGCGAGAUUCAUACUUUAUCAGAAAUAAAGCAUCGUAACAUUGUGACGCUGUAUGGCUUUUGUUCACAUCCAAAGGACUCAUUUUUGGUUUAUGAGUUUGUAGAAAGGGGAAGUUUGAGAAUGGUUUUAAGCAACAAGGACGAGGCAAUGGAGUUGGAUUGGAAGAAGAGGCUAAAUGUUGUAAAAGGAGUGGCCAAUGCCUUGUCUUAUAUGCAUAAUGACCAUUCACCACCUAUAAUUCAUCGAGAUAUUUCCAACAAUAAUGUUCUUCUAGAUUUAGACUAUGAGGCUCAUGUUUCAGAUUUUGGCACAACCAGGCUUUUAAAGCCCGACUCUUCCAAUUAG